AUGGAAAUUGAUGAAGAUAAGUGUGUUGGAGAUAAUUGUCGUCAAGAUGUUCUUGCAGUUGAAGUGAUUGCUCUUCUUAGUGACAUAUUCAAAGCAGUUGGAAUCAAUCUUUAUUUGUAUCCCUAUGGUGUACUCCCGACUGGCCCAGAAAGAGGCAUAAUCGAGGUUGUGCCUCAUACACGGAGCAGAAGCCAGAUGGGUGAAAUAACUGAUGGUGGCCUGUAUGAGAUUUUUCAGCAGGACUAUGGGCCUGUCGGCUCUCCUGGUUUUGAAGCUGCACAUGAGAAUUUCAUCAUAAGUAGUGCUGGUUAUGCAGUUGCCAGCCUUUUACUUCAACCAAAGGACCGGCACAAUGGGAAUCUUUUAUUUGACAAUGUGGGGAGACUUGUCCAUAUAGAUUUUGGUUUCAUCUUGGAAACUUCCCCAGGUGGAAACAUGCGGUUUGAAAGUGCACACAUUAAGCUGAGCCAUGAACUGACACAACUAUUAGACACUUCAGGAGUUAUGAUGAGUGAUACCUGGUACCAAUUUGUGAGCUUGUGUGUGAAGGGAUACUUUGUGGCACGUAGAUAUAUGGAUGGAAUCAUCAACAUGGUGUUGUUAAUGCUUGAUAGUGGACUUCCUUGCUUCAACAGAGGCGAUCCCAUUGGAGAUCUUCGCAAGAGAUUUCAUCCUGAAAUGAGCGAGCGUGAGGCAGCCAAUUUCAUGAUUCAUGUUUGCACAGAUGCUUACAACAAAUGGACUACCGCUUGGUAUGACUUGAUACAGUGUCUACGGCAGGGCAUUGAGAAGUAGAAAAAGACAUUUUUGGAACUCGACUUCAUUUUGUACAUGGUUGUGUGUGUAAGUUGUAGUUUUUUUUUUAUCUUAUUUUAUUUUAUUUUAUUUUUUAUAAUAUUGUCUUAUAGCUUCAAUUUUUCCAAGGGAUUUC